AUGUCUAAUGGCACGAGAAUUAGACCGGCAAAGAGGUUGAUGAAUGCCGCAAGUGGAUGUGCAAAAUAUGGUGCAGAGUAUGGUAAUUGUGUACUACUAAAAUAUCAAACAAUAAAAAAGGGUGAUUGUGAACAGGAGUUUGAGAGAUUUAAAAGCUGUGUUGCUGAAAGAAUGACAAAGAAGUAG